UUUUUUUUUAUACAUUCCAACUUUGUUACUAUAUCCUACUCAUUUUAUCUAUGUCGUAUUUACAAAUGUUUACUCUUAUUGAAGGUAAGUUUCAAAAACAAAUGCUUUUCCUCUUUUUUUUUUUACUUUGUAACCUCCUUUCUUUCUUUUAUAUAUAUAUAUACGUUCUUCUGACCUUGAUAUUUUUUACUACAACAUCCAUUCAUCUAGAACUACUAUUCUUUCCUCUUCUCAUACGUUAUACUUGGUAUCCUUGACAAUCAUCAUCACUGAAUAUAUGUCUGAAAGAAAGAAAGAAAUCUAGAUACACGAAGACUUGAUCAUUUAAAUAUAGUAUCAAUAGGAUAUUACGCGAAAUGGCUAUACAUCUGAAUCAGCGGAAUAGAUAGAUACAUGUAUACAAUAGGAUCACAGAAUGAAACGAAACGGAUACGUGCUAUUGUCAUAAGAUGUGGACAACAUGGAUGAACAGGAUAUAUUAUAGGAUUCAAC